CGUCAAUCCCGUCAACCACCACAAACCGCGGACGCCUCCAGACGACACAAUGGUAAGCUCAUGACAACCAUGAUCUAGUUUGAUCUCUUUUCAAUUCCAGUCCGAAUCACCUCAUCUCGAUGAGAGCGAAGAGGGUUUAAAGUCUUCGGAGACCUCUGCGAAGAUGGCGUGAGACGAAUAUCCGUCGAGCUCCAACUUCGCAAGUUGACGAAGCAUAUUCCGUGGGUCGCACAAUUCCUGUAAAACGGAUGCGAGCGCCUGCGAUGAUUUGGCUGGAGGCACAGGAGACCUGGUCGGCAGACUGGGUCUCCUGCUGCACUCUUUAGAGUUCAAGGAAGAUGCAGCACAUGGUGGAACCGAUUUGCUGAUCUUCUUUUUCUCAAUGAUAGCCCCCCAAGACCGGUAAGAAGACUGCUCCCAUGCCUUACCCCCAGGGUAAGGCUGGUGCCAGCAAGAAGGGCCCCAAGAACCCUCUUAUCGAGCGCCGCUCCCGCAACUUCGGCAUCGGCCAGGACAUCCAGCCCAAGCGCAACCUCGGCCGUUUCGUCAAGUGGCCCGAGUAUGUCCGUCUGCAGCGCCAGAAGAAGAUCCUGAACAUGCGCCUGAAGGUUCCUCCUUCCAUCGCGCAGUUCCAGAGCACUCUGGACCGCAACACCGCCGCGCAGACCUUCAAGCUCCUCAACAAGUACCGCCCUGAGACCAAGGCCGAGAAGAAGGAGCGUCUGCACGCCGAGGCCACCGCCGUCGCCGAGGGCAAGAAGAAGGAGGAUGUCUCCAAGAAGCCCUACCACGUCAAGUACGGUCUGAACCACGUCGUCGGUCUCGUUGAGAACAAGAAGGCCUCUCUGGUUCUCAUCGCCCACGACGUUGACCCCAUUGAGCUGGUUGUCUUCCUGCCCGCUCUCUGCCGCAAGAUGGGUGUCCCCUAUGCCAUUGUCAAGGGCAAGGCCCGUCUGGGUACGGUCGUCCACAAGAAGACCUCCGCCGUCCUGGCUCUGACCGAGACCCGCGCCGAGGACAAGGCCGAGUUCGCCAAGCUCCUCUCCGCCAUCAAGGAGGGUUACACCGACAAGUACGAGGACUCCCGCCGCCACUGGGGUGGUGGUAUCAUGGGCUCCAAGGCCGUCGCCCGCCAGGAGAAGAAGCGCAAGGCCAUCGAGGGUGCCAUCAAGAUCUAAAUCAAACCAUGAUCUAAUCGUACGACCUCAUGACCAACGCUGGGGGACAAAAAAAGCGGAAACCCUGGGAUUAUCAACACCGGGUGGAGUAAUAUCCAUUGGAGUUGAAGGCGGACUCAUCUUAGCUUUCGAAUCCCAAUUCCAUUUUUGUGGUGGCCAUACCUACAUUCCCCUUUUUCUUUAUCUUUUCUUUUAUUUGCAGAUACCCACUACCUACCUACCUACAACACAUGAAUGCAUUCUCAUACUUCAUUCCCUUUACCUUUCGUUCUCCUUCGCCCAAUGUAGAUGUCUUGUAGGAGAUGCAUUCAUGUUGUGGGUUGUCCGUCUGCUUUUGAUUUAUUUUGUAGUAUUGAUCUAGUAUCAAGUGGCCUAGUAGCUGCCAUUAUUGUAUUCCCUAGGUAGAG